AUGCUCUUACAUCAAGUGGUAAUUGCACUAGUGUGCAUUAACGUCUCAUUGAGUUACGAUGAGAUCGACUUCUCUCGGGGCUCAAAAAACUUAAAUAAAAGAUCAAAGACUUGGCUGCAAACUGCUGUCACAAAAAGAAACGGAAUAGAAUUAAUUUAUCGUGACAAUGAUUUAUAUUCGCAAGAUGAUUCUCAGCAUGAGAUUGGCUCUAUGACACCCGUGGCUGAUGUGCAUUCGUCCGCAUCUCCAGUCCCUCAUUAUGUUGCACAUCAUCAACAUGGUGUUCCAAUAUUGGAAACUGAUCUACUUCCUGAAGAACGUGAAUGGUGGACAAACUUUAGAGCUCAAAAAUCUUACUUCAAUGGAGGCGGGUCUACUGCCUGGCUUUGGGCCCAUAUCUUGUUCGUUUGGGGGGAUUUCAUAUUUUUAUAUCCUUUGACUUUAGUGUUAAACAAUUCAAAGAGGUAUACAAUACACUUGGGAAUUUUGUUACUUCACAGCGCAUCAAUAAGUGCAGGGGUCUUUAGUUAUCGAGUCUUUAUUGAAACCCUUCCAAAUCAAUUGUACCCAGGAAAUGUUUAUCAUAAAAUGACGUUUUUGUUAUUUGCUGGAAAUCUAAUGACUAUAACGUUCGCGAUUACUCGCUACAUCCAUAAAAUUCAAGAAAACAAGAAUACUUAUAAUAGUAUUAACAGUAAUGUAUCUCAUAUGGUCCUCCAUGACUUAUCACGUCAUGAUUUGCACAAUCUUCACCAAAAUUAUGAGGAAUUUAGGGAUUCUGAGAGUAUUCUUCAUAGCGACAACGAUUCAUCUGAAGAAUUGCCAUUGCACCAUUUAAAAGGACUUAAUAAAUCAAUGAAUAAAUUAUCAUCUUUUCUUGAAAAUAUUACACGUAAUUAUGUGGUAGCUUCAGUGGUUCUUUAUUUAGGAUCUGUGUCAUCCCUUGCCUUCAGCUUGCUUCAAUGGGGGCAGUUGAUUUAUUUUUGCAUCUACAUGCCAACAGGAGUAGCAACUUUCUUGGUAUUAGGAAAGGGUAAAGCUGUCUUCAAUCUUUUGGCUCAUUUCAUCAAGGGUGAGGUGUUCCUUUUAUAUGGAAUACUCACACUCUCUCGUUAUUGUGGCGGUUUUUCCCAUCUUGGUUGGGCUUGGAAUCACAAAUUUGUCACUCAAAAUGAUCUCACUAGAUCACAUUGGAAUAGAGUACAAUCCUCGGGACUUUGUUCCAUGGAAAUGGUGGAAUGCAUUAUGAUUUUCAUUUACGGUUCCACUAAUGUGUUUUUGGAACAUUUAUCUAAUGCAGGUAAGCCGUUCUCUGCUAAGGACCUUCAACAUGCUUCACUUGCCUUCAUUUUCAUCGGAUGUGGACUUUGUGGUGUCUUAACAGAGAUCAAAUCAAACCAAUGGCGUAAAGAACAAGCCAUUUUUCAUUUGGAGACUUAUUUGAAGGAUAAGCCCGAAUCUGAUUCUGACAUUGAAAGAGUGAUAAAGGCUUCUCCUGGAUUCUCUCCCAAUCCCUUCCCAAUAUUGACUAUUUUCUGGACCGGAUAUCUUAUGUCAAAGCAUGCUCAGGAGCUGAUGUUAUCAACGGAAAUUCAUAAUUUAUGGGGCAUGUUAUUUAUGUUUGGUUGCGCUUUCAGAUUAGUCACAUACUUGCUUGUAAUUAUCUCUCCAGUUAGGAAUUCCAUGAUUCAACCUGGUAAACCAAUUACAGAAUUAUUAGUGAGCUUUUCGUUACUCUGUGGAGGAUUAAUUCUCAUGGAGUCAAGCGAUCCCGUAAUUCAAACUCUUGAGUUGCAUGGGUAUACUUCAAUGUUUAUCUUAAAUGUUUCGCUCGGAUUCGUUACCUUAUUCAUGGCAUGGCAAAUGUCAUUAAUGUCUUUACGUGACUGGCUUAAAAUAUAA